CCCCGCCCCCUGCUCCCCGCCAGGACGGGCGGGAGGGCCCGCGGGGCUCUCCCGGCGGCCUGAGGGCGGGCGGGCUCGUACAGCGCGUGUUUGCUUCACCUCAGUGUCGGUGCGAGCGAGGAGGUGCCCGAGCCCGGCGCGGAGCCAUGGCCGCCGUGGUGGCCAAGCGCGAGGGGCCGCAGUUCAUCAGCGAGGCGGCGGUGCGGGGCAACGCGGCCAUCCUGGACUAUUGCCGCACCUCGGUGUCCGCCCUGUCGGGCGCCACGGCCGGCAUCCUCGGCCUCACCGGCCUGCACGGCUUCAUCUUCUACUUCCUGGCCUCCGUCCUCCUCUCCGUGCUGCUGGUGCUGAAAGCCGGGCGGCGGUGGAACAAGUACUUCAAGUCGCGGAGGCCGCUGUUCACGGGGGGGCUCGUGGGAGGGCUCUUCACCUACGUCCUGUUCUGGACUUUCCUGUACGGGAUGGUUCACGUGUACUGAGCGGCUCCGCCGCUACCGGGGCUGCGGGACUGUUGCCAAAAGUCACUACACAAUAGGCCGGCUCACUUUCCAAACUGUCGUCCGUGGCUCGUGUCGUUAAUGCCGUUGGUAAAUUAUGUCCAAGUACGAAUUAAUCAGUAGCACUGUUCUAAUUAAACUGAAUGUGAAGCACCGUU